ACCCACAACAUCCCAACACUCUCACUGGUGACAGACAACAGGAGAUGAAGUCAAAAUGCGAUUGAUAACUCUCAGCUUUGUCCUUGCACUGUGGUUUUGUACACUCACCUUUGUGAAAGGUCAAGAUUGUUUAAGAAAUGAAUUUAUAAAGAAUCCUGACCAUGCAAAAUUAGACGUUUCCAAGCUAGAAGACACUGCCAGCGGCGAAACAGUGAGGUUGCCCUGCGCUAUUGGCUACGUAGGUUUCUUUAGAUUCAAAUGCAACAAGGGAGACUGGAAAAAAGAAGGUGGUCGAAAAUGUGAACCUAAGUCAUGUGGGCAUCCAGGAGACACACCAAAUGGAGACUUCCAUCUUUCGAUUUUGGACGAUUUUGUCUUUGGAGCUGAAGUUGUGUACGACUGCAGAAAAGGUUACCAAAUGGUGACCAGGACCAGACAUCGGACCUGCGUGGAACAAGGGUGGGACAGCGCACUCCCUAUAUGUGAAGCGGUGAAAUGCCCAGUGAUUCAAGUCAACGACAACGUUGUGGUCAUCGGAAGCAGUGAGGAUGCAACCUAUGGAAAUGUCAUCCAGUUUGAGUGCCAAUCAAAUAACAUGGUACUCAAAGGACCGUCUGAGAUGGACUGCAAUGACAGAGGAGAAUGGAGCAGCACGGUCCCAACAUGUGAAGUGAUUAAAUGCUAUGCUCCAGAAAUAGCUAAUGGUGCAGUGACCGGGCCCCCUAAGGAAGAUUACAAUGAAGAUGAUAUACUGAGAUACAGCUGUAAUCCGAGGUAUAUGAAGUCUCAGGGAAGAGCCCCUCGAUGCACUAAAAUGGUCAACAGAGCCAUAUGGAGUCCAACACCAGAGUGUGAAGAAGUGAAAUGUUCAUUAUCAUUGACACCAACAAGAGGAACCAGCUACACACCUGCUGGCAGAAAUCUGUUCUUGCCUGAUGAAAGGGUGACGGUGACCUGUGCCUCAGGAUUCUGGAUCUUUACCAAAACAUCCGAACAGACAGUAACAUGCAAAGAGGACGGAAAGUGGUCAUCUUUUACAGAUUGUGAACCGAUAACCUGUGAUGAUCCACGUGACCCUCUUGUGAGUUCUCCCUACCGCUGGCAGCGGGGUCAAUUGAGAAACAUUCAGCGUUACAGCUGUGAAACCGGAUUUAAAACCACAAAUGCCAGAGGUGUUGCCACAUGCACAAGUGAUGGCUCCUGGACUCCACACCCACUCUGUGAAGAGAUAACAUGUGACAAGCCAGAUAUCCCAAAUGCUGUGAUUGAAGACCCUAAAACAAGAUACAAAUACAAUGAACAGCUCACUUAUGAAUGUAAGAGGAAUUAUGAACUAUUGGACAGCACUACCAGACCUGCUGCUACCUGUACGACAAAUGGCUGGACCAGGACACUUGGCUGUAAAGAAAUAGAGGGAGCAUGUAUCAACCCGACUGUGGAGAAUGGAUUCAUUCAGUCAAAUGAGAGUAAUGUUGAUCCUAGGAACAGCAUAAUAUAUUAUUCCUGCAAUGAAAGGUUCAAACCCUCUACCAGGGGUUGGUGGGGUGCAGCCACAUGUACUGAGGGAAAAUGGUCUGGAAUUUCAAAGUGUAUUGAUAAAUCAAAAUGUGGCAGAAUCCCUGUCAUUCCCAACACGAUUAAGGUAACUCACCAAGAAGUCUAUAACAAUCAAGAAACUGUUCAAAUUAAUUGCAAAGAUGGAUACUCAUCUGAAAAUAUGAAAAUGCAAUGUGAGAAUGGAGAAUGGCAAGGACUGUUACCAGAUUGUAAACCGCAAGGCGUUCCAUGUGAUCCUCCACCUAAAGUUGAAAAUGCAAUUGUUAAAAUCCCGUAUCAAAAUAAAUACAUAGAGGGAUUUGAAGUGAAUUAUGAAUGUCGCAAGUCCUUUGAAAAAGAGGGACUUCAAAAAAUUACUUGCGAAAAUGGGAAUUGGACACCACCACCACCAACAUGCAAACAGUACUGUGGUGAGCCUGAGGGUGCAGGGAAACAUUUUCAGAUUAUUGACCAGGAGCUAGAGAGAUACGAAAAUGGGAACCAAAUAGAAUAUGAAUGCCUCAGCCCAUACAAAGGCCCAGGAGGAAAAACAAUUUGCAAGAAUGGAGAAUGGCACAAGCCGGUUGAGUGUAAAGCAAGCUGUCUAGAUCCCCCUCAUAUUUAUAAUGGAGAUUACACCAAGGAAAAUAAAGAUGCUGAAGGCGUUUUUAAAGAUGUGUCCUACAGAUGUAACUUACACUACACACUGAGUUUCAAAGGCAGCAUCAGAUGUCUGAAUGGAGUAUGGGAGGCCCCUCCACAAUGCUUUCGGCCUUGUGAGAUUCACACAUUUGAUCCAAAGCACAAUCUACAGGAUUUGUCCAAAAUAAGUUAUGUUCCUCACAAGGACCAAAUAGCUAUCAAAUGCAAAAACGGAUAUUACCAUGAAUGGGGAUUAAUUAAUAAUAAAAAAGAAAUUAAGUUGGAGUGCAGUGAUGGAAAAAUAACAUAUUUGGACCACCCACCUAUAUGCAGCAAUCAAGGUUAAGGUGAGAGAUCGUGACAAUAUGGAUAUCUGACAGAGUCAUGAUGUUCCGUCCAUCAAAUUCAAGAAUCCUUACAAAGCCUUCUUUAUGUGCAAGGAGAAGACCUUUUUGCUUUUGUGGUUUCUUUUUCGCUUGUUUAAGUUAGGUUUAGAAAAAAUGUGAGCCAUCCAGUUAUGAAAUACGUGUAGGUGUCUCUUUUUUUUACAUUUGACAUUGUAUCAUCAUUGUAACAAAAUAACAGUAUAUUUCUAAUCAUAUCAGUCUUAGCUUCACUAUAAUAACAGUUCAGCUAUCUAAAGCUAGACUAAAAUGGUAAAUUAGUACAAAGAGAUGUGAUUGUGUGAAUAUCCUCCUAACAAGUUUAUAAAUUGCCUGGCUGGGCUGAUGAUACUGUGGAUUGCGCAUUUCAACGUCAUAUAUUUAGCCGGUGGUAACUUGUGGAAUUGACACCGGCUGGAAUGCGGUUUUAACCAAUCAGCAUUCAGGAUUAGACCCACCCGUUGUAUAAUAUGUGAAUGUCCUCCUGUAUCUCCCAGCUGUGUGAUUCAUUAUCUGAAGGUUUAAUAUAAAUGAACAACUGAUGUUAUGAUUGUGAUUGACCUUAUCAAGGAAGACAAUAAAGUUGUCAAAAAGA